AUGGCAACACAAACGAAGUUUCCGGAAGAAAUAACCUAUGAAAUCCUGUACAAUCUGCGAGUUAAAUCCCUUUCAAGAUUCAAGUGUGUUUCGAAACGAUGGCGUUCCAUAAUCUCCAGCAAGGAAUUCAUCAAACGCCACCUCGAGAAAUCGAAUACGGAUCCGGAUAUUACCCGUCACAGGAUCCUCUUACGAUUGCACCACAGAUGCUUACAGCAAAACACUGUAUUGCUACACUCUCUUCGGCCUCUACUGUACGGACCCAACGCUACUUUCGAUAAUCUUCCGCAGCAAACAAAUCUCCUCACUCGCGUAUGGGGAUCGUGCAACGGGCUAACACUCAUGUUCGUUAAUAAUGCACGUUUAGUUUUGUUGAACCUAUCAAGUAGAAAAUUAAAGAUAGUUCCUCCUUUUCCGGAAGAAGGAGGAGAAUAUGCGCCGCGGCAUGAUACGGAUCGUUUUAUAUACGGGUUGGGGUACGAUGAGUCGGCCGACGAUUACAAGGUUGUCUGUAUCUACACUCUCUCUAAUUCGAAACCCCACCGUACGCAGAUGUACAGUUCCAAGACUGAUUCUUGGAAGAAAAUUGAAGAUUUCGAUAAGGGUAUUGUCCCUGUGGAGGAUUCAGGCAAGUUUGUGAACGGAAAACUGCAUUGGCUAGCGAAGGACGAAAAUGGUGGCCGUGAUCACGAGAUUGUUGCUCUUGAUUUGGUGGAGGGGAAAUAUGAAAUUAUGGCUCGGCCGGAAAACUUUUCGAAUAGUGUUCCGUAUCAACCGAUUUUGGGAGAUUUGGGAGGCUAUCUUAGUUUGAUUGGUCAUGUCUUUGUAAGUGAUACAGCUGGCAAUAUGUUGGAUACGAGUGUUUGGGUUAUGAAAGAGUAUGGUGUGAGAGAAUCUUGGACUAAGAUAUGGACACUUUCGGAUUUUCAUGAUCCGAAGAACUGUACUAGAGGUGCAUUGCCGUUGUGUUUUAGAGAUAAUGGUGAUAUUGCAGUGGCUUUUGGAUCGAGUAUAGUUGUUUAUAAUGGAAAAAAUAAGUUGCGUGAGAUUCGAGGUGCAAUAGUUAAUGAUAUAAUCGAGUCCCUUGUUUAUGUUGAAAGCUUAGUUUCGCCGUUUGGCGACGAAGAACUUGGUCAUUAA